AAGCUAAUUAACCUCUGGGUCUUCACUCUUAACUUGCUAAUUGCUAAAGUUUAAAAAUGCAAUUAGAUGUCAGUGUUUUAUAAAUUAGAGUGCUAAACAUACAUAUGUUUCUAGUAAGGCUUUUUUUCACAAUAUGCAGGAAGCAGACAUUAUUUUGAAAAUAAGACAAUUUCGUUCAGCAGUUAAAGUAGAGACCAAAACUCCAGGGAGAAAGAAGAUUAGUCACCAAACGGAACAGCUGCGAACCUCCGAGGAAGGUGUCGGAGAAAACGGGCUGAGCGGAGGGAGAAGACAGAUCCAACAGCAGUUUAUCUCCUCUCAGUCUCCACUGACUCUGCUGCUUGUUCCUGUACGCACCGAACUGAGGACUGAGAUGUGACUGCUCACCGGAGGAAUACAGCGUGUCUCCCUGGGAUUUCUCUAUUUUAUUCUCUGCCGGCCGGAUGAUGGGAGCGGACAGGCGUGGAGGGAUCUUGGCCGUUCCGGCCACUUGGGUUGCGCUGCUUCUCUGUGUGAUUACUCUUGUGUGCGCAGUGGAAGAGACAGUGAUGGAUACACGGACGGCGACAGCUGAGCUCGGCUGGAUAUCGUUCCCUGCCAAUGGAUGGGAGGAGGUGAGCGGCUAUGACGAAAACCUUAACACCAUCAGGACUUACCAGGUGUGCAAUGUAUUUGAGCCAAGCCAAAACAACUGGCUGCUCACCACAUACAUUGACAGGCGGAACGCACAACGCAUCUACGUGGAGAUCCGUUUCACAGUACGGGAUUGUGCUUCCAUACCAAGUGUCCUGGGCUCCUGCAAAGAGACCUUCAAUCUUUACUACCUGGAGACUGACAGGACUGUGUCAGAGAGCAUCAAAGGGGUGGAGUACUGGGCCAAUGCCCCGUUUUUAAAGGUGGACACCAUUGCAGCCGAUGAGAGUUUCUCCCAGGUGGAUUUUGGGGGUAGGCUGAUGAAGGUGAACACUGAAGUCAGAGGUUUUGGACCUCUCUCCAAGGGCAAAGGCUUUCACUUGGCUUUCCAGGAUCUGGGUGCUUGCAUGUCUCUUUUGGCAGUUCGAGUAUUCUACAAGAAAUGUCCAAGCAUUGUACAGAACUUUGCUUUUUUCCCUGAGACGCUGACAGGAGCAGAAUCCACAUCCUUGGUUAUCUCCCGAGGAAACUGCAUUCCAAAUGCUGAGGAGGUAGAUGUGCCUAUAAAGCUCUACUGUAACGGAGAUGGAGAGUGGAUGGUCCCGAUUGGCAGCUGCAGCUGUAAGGCAGGCUAUGAACCAGACAAUGGCAAUGUGUGUCGAGCUUGCCCUCAGGGCACCUUUAAGUCGUCCCAGGGGGCAGGAUUAUGUCAGCAGUGUCCGCUCAACAGUCGCUCCACCAUCGAAGCUGCCACCCUCUGUGGUUGUCGGAAUGGAUAUUACCGUGGAGACAUGGACAAACCAGAGGACAUGUGUACCAGCGUUCCCUCUGCUCCUCGCAACGUGGUCUCGGUGGUGAAUCAGACGUCGGUGAUCCUGGAGUGGCACUCGCCACGCGACACCGGGCACCGUGACGACCUGUCAUACAACAUCGUGUGCCGGCGUUGCCACAGCAGCGAGCGGCGGGCAUGCCAGCCAUGCGAUGACAGCGUGGUUUAUACUCCAGGCAAGGAGGCGUUGAAGGGAACAAGGGUGAAAAUCAGCAAACUUCGUGCUCACACGUCGUACACCUUUGACAUUCAGACAGUCAAUGGAGUGUCCAAUAAAAGUCCUUACCCCGCCCAACAGCUGUCAAUCAACAUUACAACCAAUCAGGCAGCUCCCUCUGAGGUUCCCAUAAUGCACCAAGUGAGCUCAACGAGCCGCAGCUUCUCUCUUUCAUGGCCGCCACCCGAGCAGCCCAACGGGAUCAUCCUCGACUACGAGAUCAGAUACUACGACAAGUUCCAGUCGUCAUUGCUGAACAGUUCAGUGGUCCAGAGCGAUACACCCAACGUGGUCCUUGAGGGCCUGAGGCCCGGCACCGGCUACGUGGUCCAGGUGAGGGCCCGCACCGUGGCAGGCUACGGAGCCUACAGCAAAGAGAUGCUCUUCCAGACCCUCACAGACGAUGAGUACAAAUCAGAGCUUGGACAGCAGCUCUACCUGACUGCAAGUUCUUUAGUAGGCGGAGUGUGUAUCGUCUCUCUGGUAGCUCUCGCUAUCGUAUGUACCAGGAGGAGACAUUUGAAGGAGAGUGUGUACGGCGACAAGCUGCAGCAGUACAACACAGGAGGAGAAGUGACUCUGAGGCCAGACAUGUUUAGCGGUCCCACCCCCACUGUGACUUUUCCCACCCUGUCUGAGGGUCGCAGUUCACCAGGGGUCAAGAUCUAUAUUGACCCCUUUACCUAUGAAGAUCCCAACGAGGCGGUGCGGGAAUUUGCCAAGGAAAUCGACCCCUCUUGUGUCAAAAUAGAGGAAGUCAUCGGAUCAGGUGAGUUUGGGGAGGUGUACAAAGGUCGCUUGAAACCUCUUGGGAAAAAAGAAAUUCCCGUAGCGAUCAAGACCCUUAAGGUGGGCUACUCUGAGCGUCAGAGGAGAGACUUCUUGGCCGAGGCGUCAAUCAUGGGCCAGUUUGACCAGCCGAACAUCAUCAGAUUGGAGGGCGUGGUCACAAAGAGCAGACCGACGAUGAUCAUCACAGAGUUCAUGGAGAACGGCGCACUGGACUCAUUCCUGAGGCAAAACGACGGUCAGUUCCCAGUAAUCCAGCUGGUCGGCAUGCUGAGAGGCAUCGCAUCUGGAAUGAGGUACCUGGCGGAGAUGAGCUAUGUUCACCGGGAUUUAGCAGCGCGAAACAUUCUGGUGAACAGCAACCUGGUGUGUAAGGUAUCCGACUUUGGCUUAUCGCGUUAUUUGGAGGAGGAUACCUCUGACCCCACAUACACCAGCUCACUGGGGGGUAAAAUCCCAGUGCGGUGGACGGCUCCAGAGGCGAUUGCCUACAGAAAAUUCACUUCUGCUUCAGAUGUGUGGAGUUACGGGAUUGUCACCUGGGAGGUGAUGUCUUACGGAGAGAGACCUUACUGGGACAUGAGCAACCAAGAUGUAAUAAACGCCAUAGAGCAGGACUUCAGACUGCCAGCUCCCAUGGACUGCCCGGUAGUGCUGCACCAGCUGAUGCUGGAUUGCUGGCAGAAAGACAGAAACGCAAGGCCAAAGUUCUCUGACAUUGUCAGCAUGUUGGACAAAAUGAUCCGCAACCCUGCGUCUCUCAAAGCCGGCACCAGCAACAUGGCUCCUGGCCCUUCCCAUCAUCCUUUGUUGGACCGGGGAGCUCCGGAUCUGAGCAGGGUGAGCUCGGUGGAGGACUGGCUGGCUGCUCUGAAGAUGACCCAGUAUAGAGACUCCUUCAUCGGAUCGGGGUUCACAUCUUUGCCCCUGGUCACACAAAUCACAGCUGAGGAUCUGGAGAGGAUUGGAGUGUCUCUUGCAGGUCACCAGAGAAAAAUACUGACCAGCGUUCAGUCGAUGAGGCACCACACUGAUGACCAGUCCCCCACUGAAUCUGUGUAGCCAUGGGUGAAGAAACACUUUGAUAUAUUUGACCAUUGUUGAGUCUGUGAGUGAACAGACUUUACUUAUCCUGAAGAGCUGUUAUUUUCCUUCACAUUCAUUAAAAACCCAUUUUAAAGACUCCAUUAAUGAUCUUGCAAUCAGUGGAGAUGUUUCUUAUGGUAUUUAGUCUCUUAAGUUGGAAUACCCCCCCCUCUGGAAAUUGUCUGUACAGGUUUUAUUUGUUGAACAGACUGAAAACGGCAAUGAGCAACACUGUGGAAAAAGAAAACGACUGUCUGACCUGAAGGUUACCUCCUGAAAGGAAAGAAGAAAAACCCCAAGAUCUGCUUGAAGGAUAACUUUGACUUCAACCCCUUCGCUCCACAAGCCAUUAUCAUCAAACUCAAUCGUUUAAGGAAGACAGGGUGUGUUUUUUAUUUGAGGAUGAAUCAAACUAAGACUGUACUGUAAAAAGAAACUAGCUGAGGAGACUUUUGUGUGAAUGAACAAACUGGACCAAAAGCCUGUCAGAAAAUGUUUCUGGAUGCAAGAGCGACAGCAGGCCUUCUUGUUUCCAGCAUGUUGUGUUGUGAGUAUUUAUUUCAUUGUGUUUGUGAAAGCUACAACCAUUUGAAUCUAGAUUGUUUAAAUGGGACUUUUUUUGAAUCGAUCUUCACAUUGAAGAGUUAGUAAAUAUUGUUAUUUGGGAAUUUCUUCCCUUGUUGUUGUUCAUUUCCUUAAGCCGUUGCUGUUUUGCAAUGUUACUGAAGUAUUUGUGAUCUUUUAGUGAUUUACUUUCCAUUUUAUUCACCACUAGUGUAAACUCUAAAAUGCUGUUGACUGGAGAUAACAAACAUUUCCCAGUGCUCAGACAGAUGGCCCACAUAAAAUACAUAAUUCACACUUUUAAUGGAUGUUUUUGGGUCGCAUCAACGUCCUGAGAGGGAAGGCAAAUAUGACGGUACGCCUGGAUGACAACAUGUUUCAUGGUGCAUCUCAGUCUAUGAUGGAAAUGUUUUUAGUUGAUCAAUUUGAAGAAUGACCUGAACAUAUGAUAUACUUGCAUUAAACACAAAGUAAUCUGAUUUUUUGUUAUGGAAAUUUUAAUGAUUGUGGCCAACAGCUAAUGAAGCCUAAGACAUAGUUUCUCAGAAAAUUACAAUAUCAUGCAAAACCUAUAUAAACUGACUUUCAGAACAGAAAUGCUGUCCUGAUGAAAUGUGAAUGUAGCACAGUGGACAUGAAGACUAAAGCAUGUUGUGGCAGAAUGAACAGGUACUAAUAGCAGCUCUGGAAAGCUCGUCAGCAGAGAUAAACAGGAUGUUUCCUGCUUGAUGUUGUGCUGACUUAAUAAAAUGCAGCAAUGGUUGUCAUUUGACAUGUUGCCAAAUCAGUGAAUAUUUGGGCAACAUGGCUCCCAAAUCAUCACUGACUGCACCAGGAUAAACACACAUUUUGUGCCUCUCCAAAAAAAUGUUGUCACCCAAACUACUAAUUAAAUACAAAAAUCACUUUUAUUUGAAAAUUUGACACAACAGAACAAUUCUUAUAGGGGCUCAAGUUUGUUGCUUGUAAAUCUGUUUUUAGCAAUUUUUUUCUUCCACUCAACUUUUAAUUUUUACACUGUAAUACAAAAUUACCUUUUCAUGCUUACCAUUGUGGAAGAUGUGACUUUCAUCUGAUAUUCAUGAUUUUAUAUAAAUUUCAAGGCCAAACCAUUCUAUUUCUUAAUGAAAAAUCUUAUUUUGUUUUCCCUGAUCUUACAGAGAAACUGAAUAUUGGAUUUACAGUUAUUGGUCAUAAUUAUUAAAAUUAACUGAAGAUGCUGGAAACGUAUCACUGCAUGAAAUGAAUAGUUAAUACAUGAUCUAUCACUUUUUUAAAUUAAGGCAUUGACAUACAUCGAUUUGUUUAGAAUAUUCUAAUUCAUUGGUAUGCGCCUGCAUAAGCUCAAGCAUUGAUUUCCCACCUACAAAGUAAAUCAAUUACCUGCUAUAUGCUGAGGUGUGGCGGAAAAAAGCAGCUUAAGAGACCGACUGUGUGAAGUGAGAUAAUAACAGCCAUCCACAAUAUCUCAGAGGAGGUAUUGUGUUCCCAUGUCUGUGUGUUUUGGCUGCAGAUCCUAAAUCUGAAACCCAGUCAAGUGUUAAUACAGUGCAUGAACCAACUAGAAAUCCGGCAUUCAUCUUCUGUCCAUGACAAAUCUCAGUUCUGUCUAAAGUGUAUGGCUGGCAUCCAGAGGCUUUCUUUCUCCUGCAGCAGGCAGUCUGGCUAUACUUCCUGUAUCAUUUUUUUUCCGUUUAAAGGCUGUUGGACAUGUCUUUGUUAUCAGAGUUUGUUCCGCGUUGACGCCUCUGAUAUAAACUGUUGGAGUAGUUUGUAGAUCAAAUACGGUCAAGCGACCUAUUAGUGUUCUCAUCUGCGGACAGCAACCUUUUUAACACCUUCAAAAUUGAUUUGUUACAGUGAAGAUUUAUGCAGGAAUUCUUUGUGCCAGCAGGUACAUUUCCUGAUUGUUUGUCCCGUUUCAGUCGUUAAUGAGAUGUUUGAUUCUCUUGUGAACGAGGCCUGAUCUUAUUGUGGAGAAGAGGUGCUUUUAUUUCAGCACGGAGCGGAUUAGCAGCUGUGAAACAACUGCAGUCUCCAACCCAAACCUCCUGCAUCUCAAGGAUUACCCUUCAGUUGCUCUGAUUGGGUGUUAGGAUUUUAUUAGUCAUCGGCAGAGAGCCCCGAUUCACAACGACAGGAAGUGACACUGUUUGCUUUCACCAACACAAACUCUUCCUGUGUUUGUCUCUCAGCACUGCUCCCUGUUGCUUCGCUCUCUUUGUUUCUGAACAUUGUGACAUUGGAAUGUCAGAACCUCCAAAAAUGUUCAGUUUCCACUUUUUUUUUCUUUUCUCACUCAAACUCUGUCCUCACGGCGCAACCGCAAUUGCGUUUGUUGCCUGGCAACGGCAGCUCAUUGAACAUUUUAUCAGGAAGUAUUGAGAUCAACUGGGAGCACGUCAGCGGUUCAGAGGAAUAAUUUGUUGUAAGUAGAUGCCUCUGGAAAAACAGGCUCAGUGAUAGCUGGGGGGUUUAAUAAAGAAUGAGACAAGUCAUGUGCCUAAAGCUCAUACUGAAUGCUGCCUAAAAAUGUCAAGCACAAGAAAUGAAAGCAUCAUAUAACACUCCUUUCUAGGCACUUUGAAACCACUUCUUGUGUUAUUUUUAUCUCCCCUUUAGAUAUGUGCUUUACAGGAAAUUUGACUGGUUAGCAUGUCAAUAUGAACUAAUAUAAGUUCAUGUGUUGAGUUGGACAGUGAUGAUUUAGUGCCCUCCAUGUUACAAAUGAAUAAAGUAAAGAUAAAUUCAGAUUUUGCUUGCAGCAGCUAAAAAUAUCACUCUGACAAAUGUUAGGAAAUCCAACCUUCAUUUUAAGAAUAGUUAAGUUGGAAAAAGUCUGGCAUUUAGAUUAAAGUUACUGUCAUACCUAACAAUUUCUUUAACAUAUAUUAAAUGUAAAUCAAUCAUUUUCAUGGAUCUCUUUAUUUUUUAUUAAAAAUAAAAAAUAAACUCUCAGUCGCUUAAUCAAAACAUCAUUCGAGUAGAGCAGGCAUGAGUUGAUCUAAAUAAAUCAGAAAAUGUUCACAACAAAACGUCUACAGUCAGAGAAAUAAUCAAAAAGCUUAAAGCAACUGGACUUGUGACAAACAAAGCUGGUCUACAACCUGAGGAUGGUUCAUCUCUAUAAAUUUAGUUUUAUCUAUUUGGAUGCUCACUGCUCAUUCUGAAAGAGUGCUAGCAUCAUUCUCCAGCAUGCUUUUCUAUCCUACCAUCACAAACAUAAACAUAGAUGUUGCUAUGUGCUUCUGAAAUCUAACUGGAACGGUUUGGUUUGCUCAGUUUAGACCAAAGCUGAGCUUAACGGCAACAAAAACUCCAGUCUGGACAUUUCUACAUAUUCUAAAUGUAUAUGUAGAAAUGCAAAGUAUGGUAGAGUAGUUGAUCCACCAGACAUGAACAGUCCUCUUCUCCCGCCUGCUGAGUGAGCUCAAGAAAAUAUUCGUAAUAGAAAAUCUCUGUAUUUGUAUCCUGCUCAAACCUUUACAUUUAACAGUGGCACUAUCAAGUGCAAAAACAAAAUAUAUAUGCGUAGGAUUUUUUUUUCCAAACAGAGUAGAUGUACUCAAAAUAUCUGUUAUAUAUUUUCACAUUUUUCAGGGUGAGAUUAUGAUGCUGCAAUAUAGGAGAACUGUAUUUCAAGGGUUUGCACAUAUAGAGGUAAAACAUAACACGUGUGGAAGGCACUGGACCUAAACUGGGGUAUUUUAUUCAGAAAUAGAUCAUUUACUGCAGAGCUGUCUUGUUCCUGAGUCGUUCUUAAAAUCCAUAAAUACUGAUGUCAGUGAAAAUAAGAGAUUAGUUUGGAUGUUUGUAUGUAAGCAAGAGCUGAAAGCCUCUAAUUAUAACUGAAUGUCUGUGUCUACUCAAGGCUGAAAUACACAUUUGAGAGGUUUUUCCAUAUUUCCACUAAAAGGAAAUAUUGUGAGGUUAUUUUUGUCUUAUUUUAAAAAAUGUCCCCAAAUGAAUGUGCUGUAAAUCAUUUGAUAAGUGUCGAGUUUUCUCAUAGAGCAAUGAAGAAAUUACAAGUAAUAAGUACUAAUAAGUAAAUACUUACCUAAAAUCCCAGCAUGCUUUGAGCUGACUGACAGCUGCAAAGACAAGUCAAGAAAAUCUUUGAAAUUUCUUUUUUAAAAAUUAUAGUUUACAUUAGUCAUACAAAGGUACUAUUUUCUUUGUCUUAGACCGUUGAGAACUGCAUUGUUAAGUCUGAGUUUAGUUCUUCUUUUGCCCUCUUAACCGUAAAUGCUAACAUUUUAUAAGUAGCAGUAAAGUGAUGUAGUCACUUUGACUGUUUUAGGCUUUUUACUGUAAAAAUAAGUGACCUAAAUUGAUUCAGAAAUGUCUUAAAGUGUACAACCACUGACAGCCGACUGCAGACUGUUGACAGCCCAUUUCUGCUUCAGACAGACAGAAGGAAAAGCAUCUACUGGUAUCCAUAAAAUUCAAUAGAAUAAUAGACUUAAGUUGAACAGUAUAGGAGACAAUGAGGAAUUAAAUGUGAAUAUGUUUAGAAAUGCAAAUGAACUUCCUUCUGUUCAUUCAUCUGUUUUUCAAGGACUUAAGUCCUAAACUGACGUAAAUGAUUCUGAAAAUACAUUUUGGAAGACUAUGACUUUUUUUAUUUAUUUAUUUUACAUUUGGCUGUUUUUAUUUUUUUGGGAUGCUCUUUAUUUUGUUAUGUGUGAUGUGGUUUUUACCCUUAUAGGCUUGUGGGAGCACCUGUUUAUCUUUGAGAAGAGUAGAAACAGUAAUAACUUACCAAAACUCCUUAAUAGCACCAGAAAAACAUGCUGGCUUUUUACAUAAAAAAAAAAAAAGAACAAACAGAGGGCAUAAGAUGGACUUAAUAUGUUGACAAAGUUGCUAUGAAAGAGUCUCAAACCCUCUACUAAAACACAGAAUAAUUUCUAAACAGUUUGUCAAAACUUUGUUUGAAGUCAUUGUCUUAAGAAAGAUUUCUUAUUAAUAAUUCUGCUCACUUCUUUGCUAAUUAGAUAAGUUGAACUUUCGUCCUAAUAGAAUCAAAAGACAGUUGUUUCAUUCCGUCACUUGGCAAGUAUUUUUUUAGAUUGUAAAGUGAUUCCCGAACACUUUCAAGCACCGACUUCCCAGAUGGCUCCUUGUAAAAAACCAUCUGCUGCAUCACUUCAGUUCAGUAUUUUACAAAGCUGUAUGUUUGACUCAACUGCUGCUGCAUGACACACUUUGCAUAUGAGAUCAGCUGGAGGAGAAUAUUAAAGACAAAACACACGCGCAACGUUUUGAGACGGUAAACUCUGUGGCCGAUACUUUGUGGACGCUACUCUUGGUAAACGUAGAGUUUGCAUGAUGAACUACUUCUGAGUACAAUAGUGGAGUAAUAAACGAUUUGCAUAGUGACUGCUCUGAGUAAGCGCAGGCAAUUGGAUGCUUUAAUUUCCCAGCAGUGCUCCCUCCCUUUGCUGUUUCAUUGCUGUGCUUUGUGGCGUGUUACUGCCACCUGGAAUAACGCUGAAGCAUUGGCAGGAAUGUAAAUCACACCACUCAUGUGUGUUUGUGUUUGUAGGGGGAGAAAAAAUGAGAAAUGUCUCAUAAAAAUGUGCAGAGACGUGAAUUUAGAGCACAUCUAUUGUUUUAAUAUGAAAGCAAAAGAUGAGAUUCUCUGCUUGUGAUAUAGGAUGUAAUUAUGUAACAGCUCUGCGGCUUUUGGAGCUUUUGCUGAACUUGCUACUCUGUAAGUAUGGGCAGGAACUAAGCAGUUACUAUGGAUAUCUUUUGCAGAACCACAACUCCUUUCCUUUGUAAAAUGUCAACAUUUUAUGCAACUGCAAUUCAUCCUUGUAUGCUGGGAUUACUGUCAGCGGAGACCAUGUGGCCAUGUUUCUCAGUUCCUUUCUGAAUGGCAGCUGCAGACAAAAAGCCCUCCCUGUAUGAUUCAGAUGGACUGACAGCUAAACCUGACAUUUGCUGCAGAUAUUUUAGAUAAAACCCCAAAAGGAACAAAAGCUCAUACCCAAAAAUAAAAAAAAAGCUACAAAACAACAGCCUGCUCUAAAUACUCAUGGAUGGAUUUUACUUUUUAUUUGAAGUAUUUAGCCUAUUAGACUGUUCUGGCUGUUGAUUUAGCUACUUUAGUGAGACUAGAACUGAAAGGUUGGAUACAAUGUGAGGAAAAAGUUGGAAAAAGGGAAUAGAAGAGACAAGGAUGAGGAGAGAUUGAAAGAGGUGGGAGGAAAGGAGAAGAGAGCGACCGAGUUGUGUGAAUAAAAAUGAGGCUGGGUGUGGAGAGAUUACUCUUCCUUUUUUUGUCUUUCUGUCUGUGCUUUUCCGUCCACCUUCUUCUCCUAAUGCCCACAGUCUCUGAAUAGCUCACUCUGCUUCCAGUCCACAUCUCCAAAGCCUGCUUUGAACAGUUGGAAGGAAAAGAAGUCAUUCUAUUUUAGAUGGAGUCUUCUAAAAAGAAAAGAAAAAAAAAACUUCUCUAAAAGAAUAAAAAAAACAUUUUGAGCAUGUAUCUCUUGAGGUACACUGGCACAUAUCUUUUUUGUUUUGUUUUGUUCUAUCAGAAACCCCUGCAGUAUUUCAGUUUUGUUUUUGAUUUUAAGUGUUUCUGUCAAAACUGAAAAAAAUCCCAACCUGCUUUUCCUCCUUCUGUAUUUCCUGUCUAAAUUCAGAGUAAACGUUCUCAUGCACAGCACAAACAAAAAUGUUAAUUUUACAGAUUUUAAGACUUUAUCCUCACCAAAAGAAAGUAUUUUUCUUCUCUCUGACUUUUGACCGUAGGGUCUUUUCACAAAGUUUAAGGAAAGAAAAUUAAAUUUGAUUUAUAUAUCUCUCAAGAAGGUCAGUAAUUCCUAUUUUGUCCUCAUGAGGUUUUAACACGUUCUUUUAAAGUUUUCUUUUGUUUAAAACAAAUUAAAAUGCCAGCAUGCCUAUUCAUCCAAUAAAUAUAAAAGAUUAUUUAUAACUAAUUAGUACUUCAUGACACAAUCUCAGUAUGAUAAAAAUAAUAACGUCUAAGUUUUAGUACAGUUUCACAAAGACACAAGCACGACUGUAGAGCAUUAAUCACACUAAAAUAUUCUAAAAUUGUAAUAAUAAAUAUUGGUAUGAACAAUGUUUUCUAAACUGUGCACACAAUAAUACAUUUUACAAAAUAUUGAAUUACUUUGCUGUUUUGUAAAUUUAAGUUAAAUUCAAACUGUCUUCUUACACACAUUUCAAUUUAUGUUCUAUUUCUAAAUUUUCUCAUGAUGAUGUAUUUUUGUUCUACUUGCUUGCCAUACUUAUGUCUGUAAAGUACAAUUUCUCUUUUAAAAAAAAAAAAGGAAAAAAUGGUUAAGUAAUUGUAAUUUGCCUUUCUAUGUUUACCUACAGUUACUGUUCUACUUGUUGACGGCUCGUCUAUUGAGCGUCCCACUCUACUGUAUUAUAACUGUAAUAUAAUGGGAGUAUGCGCACACGUGCAUUUUUGUGUCCGUGUGGCUGUGAUAUACCGUGUGGGUGUGCUGUUGUUCGGUGUACAGUAACAUGUUUGUACAUUGUGUGUUUGUAGCUGUGGACUUUUUGACUUACAUUUACAAUGAACUGAUUGUCAAUAAAGAGGACAAACUGAA